AUGGCACAGACCAACACUGGAGGGCAGGGGACCAACGGUGUAGCGGACGAGUCCCCCAACAUGAUUGUGUACAGAAAGAUGGAAGAAGUAAUAGCGCGCAUGCAGGAUGAGAAGAACGGAAUCCCCAUCCGGACGGUGAAAAGUUUCCUGACCAAAAUCCCCAGUGUAUUUUCAGGUUCUGAAAUUGUUCAGUGGAUGAUCAAGAAUUUGGACAUUGAAGACCCAGUACCUCUGUACAGUACCUCUGUACAGUACCUCUGUAAAGUACCUCUGUACAGUACCUCUGUACAGUACCUCUGUAAAGUACCUCUGUACAGUACCUCUGUAAAGUACCUCUGUAAAGUACCUCUGUACAGUACCUCUGUAAAGUACGUCUGUACAGUACCUCUGUUCAGUACCUCUGUACAGUACCUCUGUAAAGUAUAUCUGUACAGUAUCUCUGUUCAGUACCUCUGUACAGUACCUCUGUUCAGUACCUCUGUACAGUACCUCUGUAAAGUACCUCUGUACAGUACCUCUAUACAGUACCUCUGUACAGUACCUCUGUACAGUACCUCUGUACAGUACCUCUGUACAGUACCUCUGUAG